AUGGAGGGACAUCAGUUCAAUGACUCCGCGGUACCGGACUCGCCAGCAGCGGAUUUCUAUGACGUGUUGAACAAGACGUUCUGCCCGGAGGGCUACAAUCUGACGGGGAACGGGACGGUCUGCGCACGCGCGCCGAUAGGAGGCUCCGUACUGUCGGAUGGGAACGUCCUUCUCUACAUCAUCGGUUUGCUGACGUUCUAUGGCUGCAGCAUGCUGUUUCUGCUGUUGCUGUUCGCCAAGUCAGAGCAGGAGGAUAUCGAGCUGGAGAGCUACUACGAGACCUACAUCGAGCGGGCAGAGCUCCGGGACGGGAUGGCACGGGGGGUUAUACGGGGGGAGAAGGCAGGCAGGCCCGCCCAGGUGACCGGAACGGCCCGGGGGGUUAUACGGGGGGAGAGGGCAGAGCUCAGUGACGGGAUGGCCCGGGGGGUUAUACAGGGGGAGACGGCAGGCAGGCCCGCCCAGACGGCAAGAAGGCCCGCCGAGGUGUCCGGGAUGCCCCCGGUCCAACCAUGCGACUUUGGCACUUCAGGAAUAAAGGAUAUGGUCCAAAUGAAUAUGUAG